AUGAAUGGUAAAUUAAUAACAUUAGAGGACCUAAACCCUAAUUCUACUGUGCUGCAGCUAAAGCAGCAACUGCAGCAAAGGGAGGGACUAAACCCUGAUCAGCAGAGACUAAUUGUUGGAGGGAGACACAUGAAGGAUGAGGAUACUCUUGAAUCUUAUAAUCUUACUGACAAGACAGUCAUACAUCUGGUGCUGCGCCUGCGUGGGGACAGCUCCUCUGCAGUUCAGAGAGCGCAUGCAGCAUAUUGA